AUGGGGAUCCAGGGCCUGCUCCAGUUCAUCAAGGAGGCUGCCGAGCCCUCGCACGUGAAGAAGUACAAAGGGCUGACGGUGGCUGUGGACACCUACUGCUGGCUGCACAAAGGCGCCUAUGCUUGUGCUGAGAAGCUGGCCCGAGGAGAGCCCACGGAUCUUUAUGUAGCUUUCUGUAUGAAACUUGUUCAUAUGCUGCUCUCAUUUGGAAUUAAACCAAUUUUGGUAUUUGAUGGAUGUACCCUACCCUCUAAGAAGGAAGUGGAAAAGGCACGACGAGAGAGGCGUCAGGCCAGUCUUCUGAAGGGGAAACAAUUGUUGCAGGAAGGGAGAUUGUCAGAAGCUAGAGAAUGUUUUGGGCGCAGUGUAAAUAUUACCCAUGCUAUGGCACAUGAAGUUAUUAAAGCUGCACGAGCCCAGGGAGUUGAUUGUAUUGUUGCUCCUUAUGAAGCUGAUGCUCAGCUGGCUUAUCUUAAUAAGAUUGGCAUGGUUCAAGCUAUAAUUACAGAAGACUCUGAUCUUUUGGCUUUUGGAUGUAAAAAGGUGUUUCUGAAAAUAGACAAGUUUGGAAAUGGACUAGAGAUAGAUCAAGCUCGACUAGGAAACUGCAAGCAGCUUGGAAAUGUAUUUACAGAAGAGAAAUUCCGCUACAUGUGUAUUCUUUCUGGUUGUGACUACCUCCCUUCAAUUCAUGGAAUUGGGUUAGCUAAAGCAUGCAAGUUACUAAAAUUAGCCAACAAUCCAGAUAUUAUAAAGGUUAUUAAGAAAAUGGGGCAGUACUUGAAGACGAAUAUAACAGUACCGGAAGAAUACAUACAGGGCUUUACACGAGCUAAUAAUACAUUCCUGUAUCAGUUAGUUUUUGAUCCUGUCAACAGAAAGUUAGUUCCUCUGAAUGCAUAUGGAGAUGAUAUUGAUCCGGAAACACUGACUUAUGCAGGACGACAUUUUGGUGAUGAUGCUGCUUUUCAAAUUGCUAUUGGCAAUAUUGAUAUCAAUACAAUGGAACAAAUUGAUAAUUAUAACCCCGACACAGCACAGCCUGCGCAGCAAAGAAGUUGCGGCUGGAAUGACCAACGUGAUAAUCAUGUCAAUAGCAUUUGGAGCAAAGAAUACAAGUUUGGCCCCACUGAAGAUCCUGCUCCUCCUAAAAUGCAUUUCCCAGAGAAAGCAAUAACCAAAGGCAUGGAGAAAAUAAUUAGCAUUAAAGGACUAAAGCUUGCAGGCAAAGAGCUCUUGGCAAAAAGGCCAAGGAGUGAAGAAGUCUCAGAUGGAGAUCUGUUGAAGCAAUAUUCAUUUUCAAAAACAAAAAGAAUCAAGAAGGAGAAUGAUAUUGAUGGUGAAGCACAAAAGAGUGUGUCAGCAUUACAAAGCCUUGAUUCUCCAGGAAUUUCCAUCACUCAAGAAAGCUCCAACUCCCUACCUAGAGUUAGAAAUAAAUUUGCUUCCUUUUUACAAAGGAAAAACAAAGAGAAGGAUGCUGUAAUUGUUCCAGGAACAAGAAGCAGGUUUUUCUGUAAUGAUGCAGUUACGUUUGACAGUAGGACAAAGAAGAAAGAUGGUGAUCUAAUUCAAGGUGCUGAGCAGGAUUGCCAGAAACAGGAAGUAAAACAUGUAGCUGAAGAUGUUUCUAGGUUUUCAGAAACUGAAAAGUCAUCACGAACUGUCUUUACACCUCCUGGAGAAAUGCAGAACAGUUGUUCCCAGUGGUUUAGCAGCCUCAAAAGUAACUCAGGAAAUCUUAGUCCAUCUCAUACUGUGUUUUCACAGCAGUUUCACCAACAUAGAAACAACUGCACUGUAUCCCAGGAAGAUCAGAUUAAUGGGGCAGUGUGUGAUGAAUUGGAGGAAGAGUCCUCCCCCUUAAUAGAACUGGAACAGUCAUCAGAGUCUCAUGGGUGUUGUGAGCCAUCAGAAUGCAGUUUGGAGUCUUCAGAAAUCCUACAAGUGUCCAACAGCUCAGGUGCAAAGGAAUCUGAUUCUGGUUCAAAACUGAAUGAUGAUCAAUGUUCUCAGUCUCUGCUAUUUUCUGCUGUUCAAGCUAACAAAAAAAUUACAGUCAUGAAGACCAAGGUUCCUGGGUUACAUAAAUCCAGUAAUAUAAAGUCACAUAUGGUAACAAAGCUCAAGCCAUUGAUACGAGCUAAAGUAAGUGGACUAAGCAGGAAACUGUCACCUGUGCAGAAGAGGAAGGACUGUGAUACUGAAAAUAAGCUGGGGCUGCAAUCCACUAUUGGUGAAUUCUGGAAAAGCUUCCAAUUUAAAAGAGAGUAUGAAAAACUUCCCUCUUGUAGAAAGUCAGAUCCUUUGUCUCCAAUCAAAGAUAAUAUACAACUCACUCCAGAAACAGAAGAAGAAAUCUUUAAUCAUCUGGAACAUAGUCAUGUUCAGAGAGCUAUAUUCCAAUGAACUGCAUGCUGUUCAUUAUGGGAUGGGUUUUUAAUCAUUGUCAAAAUUUACCUUUUGGAUAUUUCAUCAAUAUAUAGCGGAUGCUUUGAAAACCAACAAUGUGCUUUAGUCUGACUAGUGAUUUAUCAUCUCUUUUAUAAAAAAGCGUGAAUUCAAAGGUGUACUUCUAUACUGACUGGAAUAAAAUAAUUCAGAAUUUUCUGUGCUCCUAUUAAAGGUCACAUGCUAAAUUUUUCUCCAAGCACUUUUAGUUGCCCCUGGGCAUUUUAUGUAGGUCUCACAUACAAUCCAAGUUUCUA